AUGUUCCCACUUGAUGAGGUCACAGCUAUGUUGUGCGAUGUAAGCACAGAAAUGUUCCCACUUGAUGAGGUCACAGUUAUGUUGUGCGAUGUAAGCACAGAUAUGUUCCCACUUGAUGAGUUCACAGCUAUGUUGUUGUGCGAUGCAAGCACAGAAAUGUUCCCACUUGAUGAGUUCGCAGCUAUGUUGUGCGAUGUAAGCACAGAAAUGUUCCCACUUGAUGAGUUCACAGCUAUGUUGUGCGAUGUAAGCACAGAAAUAUUCCCACUUGAUGAGUUCACAGCUAUGUUGUGCGAUGUAAGCACAGAAAUGUUCCCACUUGAUGAGUUCACAGCUAUGUUGUGCGAUGUAAGCACAGAAAUAUUCCCACUUGAUGAGUUCGCAGCUAUGUUGUGCGAUGUAAGCACAGAAAUGUUCCCACUUAAUGAGGUCACAGCUAUGUUGUGCGAUGUAAGCACAGAAAUGUUCCCACUUGAUGAGGUCACAGCUAUGUUGUGCGAUGUAAGCACAAAUGAGAACGUCACGUGUGUCGCCAGCAGGGACUAA